AUGGAUAUUAAGAGUGUAUUAACGAAAACUGUGAACGCAACCCAAACGGAUUGGGCAAAGAAGCUGGACGACGCACUCUGGGCCAACAGAACUGCAUUCAAAACGCCAAUAGGUAUGUCACCAUACAAGUUGGUGUUUGGAAAGGCCUGUCAUCUACCUGUGCAGUUAGAAGACCGUGCUUGGUGGGCAUUAAAACAAUUAAACAUGGAUCCCGAAGCAGCCGGACAAAAUCGACUAACGGAGUUGCACGAGCUAGAGGAAUUUCGGUAUCAAGCCUCUGAGAGCACGAGGCUUUACAAGGAACGGAUGAAGAAAAUUCAUGAUAAGCACAUCAUGGACAGAGACUUCAAACCCGGUGAUAUGGUGUUAUUGUACAACUCAAGGUUGAGAUUGUUUCCGGGUAAGUUGAAAUCCCGAUGGUCAGGGCCAUUCCGAGUGGUGCAAAUGUUUGCUAGUGGAGCUGUGGAGAUUGAAUCAAAAGACGGGACGAACAAAUUCUCCGUCAAUGGACAAAGGUUGAAACACUACCUUGGAUCAGCUGACGAAAAAGGGGAUACAGUGGUGUCACAUUUCAAAGAACCCCAAUACGAAAACGAGGAGUAG